AUGUCGUCGUUCCUCGGUCUGGGAGGAUCCAAAACCAACGCCAACAGCGGCUCGUCGCUGGGCUCCGCGCAAGCACAACAGAUCAAAGAACAAGUGAAAACGUCCAUUGCCACGGAAAUGGCCACCGCAUACGCCACCUCUCUGGUCAACUCGUUGACUGAAAACUGUUUCGACAAGUGUAUUCUCCAGCCAUCAUCGAGCCUCUCUUCUGUGGAAGAGCACUGUAUCAACGACUGUGCGUCGAAGUUCAUGAGAUCUUGGAAUUUGAUUUCCAAGUCUUACAUCUCCAGAAUCAACAACAGCUCGCAAUAG